AUGGAGUUAUUUGGGUUCUUCUCGGCUGGUCUUCUUUUCAUGGCCGUGAGAUCCGUUCAUGGAGUCGGUAGAGGUUGGAGCAGCGCUCACGCUACCUUCUACGGAGGCAGCGAUGCUUCGGGAACCAUGGGAGGAGCUUGCGGGUUCGGGAACCUCUACAGCCAGGGCUACGGCACCGAGACGGCGGCGCUCAGCACUGCUCUGUUCGACGGCGGCCAGAUCUGCGGCGCUUGCUUUGAGAUCAUGUGUGCCGGCUCGCCGUGGUGCCUGCCUGGCACCAUCGCCGUCACGGCCACCAACUUCUGCCCGCCCAACAACGCGCUCUCCGCCGACGAGGGCGGGUGGUGCAACACUCCGCUGCAGCACUUUGACCUGUCGCAGCCCGUCUUCCAGCGCAUUGCGCAGUUGAAAGCAGGAAUCGUCCCUGUACAAUUCAAAAGAGUGGCUUGCGCCAAGAAGGGUGGCAUCAGAUUCACCAUCAAUGGCCACUCCUAUUUCAACCUUAUUCUUGUCACCAACGUGGGCGGCGCCGGGGAUGUGGUGGCGGUGUCAAUCAAGGGGGCGAGCACAGGGUGGCUGGCGAUGAGCCGGAACUGGGGCCAAAACUGGCAAAGCAACUGCUUCCUCGACGGCCAGUCGCUGUCCUUUAUAGUAACGACCAGCGAUGGCCGCAGCGUAACCUCGACGGAAGUGGCUCCGGCGAGCUGGAGCUUCGGCCAAACUUACUCCGGUGCUCAGUUUUGA